UUAAAGGGGCGAAUCGAUUGAGGGGUCCCAAACAGGAAUACUUCACAGAAGGACUCACACUUCAGUUGACUAUGGCUGGCAGACAGGCUGUGAAAGCGUACUUAGAUCUCGUGUCUCAGGCCUGCAGGGCUGUACUAAUAUUCCUCAAAGACAACAAAAUUCCACAUACGGUGGAAAACAUUGCCAUACGAAAAGGGCAGCACAAAACACCUGAGUUCACCAAACUCAACCCCAUGCAAAAACUGCCCGUGUUGGAGGACAACGGAUUUGUUCUCACUGAGAGUGACGCCAUAUUGAAGUAUCUGGCGACAGCCUAUAAUGUCCCUGAUCACUGGUACCCCAAACUACCAGAGAAGAGAGCUCGAGUGGAUGAGUACACGGCCUGGAAUCACGCCAACACACGUAUACACAUUUCCUCCAUCUUCUUGCAUGAGGGUUUACUUCCACUCAUGGGACAGCCGACACAUCCAGAGAAGCUUGAAAAGGUGCUGGCAGACCUGGAUGGCACACUAGACAAGCUGGAAAACGUGUUUCUGAAGAACCAGCCCUUCCUGUGCGGUGACGACAUCUCAUUGGCUGACCUGUUAGCAGUUUGUGAGCUCAUGCAGCCCCUGUGUAGUGGGAGGGACAUUCUGAAGGACAGACCCAAACUGCUGAGCUGGAGGAGUCGAGUUCAGUCAGCGCUCUCGGACUCCUUUGAUGAAGCUCACUCUGUUGUCUAUCAAAUAAGGGAGAAGUUCACAGCUAAACUGUCUCCCUGUUUAAAACAAGCCACUCUGUAAAGAUAUGAUUCACAAUUGGUCACAAUUAACAUGGCAAAGUGUUUCUGCAGUUUACCUUUUGGGAUCAAUGAUGUAUCUGACAUGUGCAGUUUGCUCAGUUUACUUAAAAUAUUGUAUUAACUUCUCAAUGUACUGUAUAA